AUGGAGAUGCCGCAGCAGCAAGCCGCCGCCAACGCCGCCCAGGACGAGGGCGGGUCGCCGCCGCUGUCCCCGGCGGCCGCCGCGGCGGCCGCGCUGGCGAACGCGCGGUGGAACCCGACCAAGGAGCAGGUGGCGGUGCUGGAGGGGCUGUACGAGCACGGCCUGCGCACCCCGAGCGCGGAGCAGAUACAGCAGAUCACGGGCAGGCUGCGGGAGCACGGCGCCAUCGAGGGCAAGAACGUCUUCUACUGGUUCCAGAACCACAAGGCCCGCCAACGCCAGCGCCAGAAGCAGGACAGCUUCGCCUACUUCACCAGGCUCCUCCGCCGUCCCCCGCCGCUGCCCGUGCUCUCCAUGCCGCCCGCGCCGCCGUACCAUCACGGCCGCGUCCCGUCGUCUGCGCCGGCGCCGGCGCCGCCCGCGAUCGCGAUGCCGCCGCCGCCUCCUCCUCCGUCGCCCGCUGCAUGCAACAACAACAACGGCGGCGCGCGUGUGAUGUACAGGAAUGCAUUCUACAUGCCUGCGCCGCAGGCGCCCCCUGCAAAUGCUGCCUACUACUACCCGCCGCCGCAGCAGCAGGUGACAGUCAUGUACCAGUACCAGGACAAGAUGACCGCGGCCGCGGCGCAGCAGCAGCACCACUACCCGGCCGCCAUGUUCCAGCAGGCCGCCGCAGCACCGCACUUCCCGUCUGCCAACGGCGGCUCCGGGCCAGCGGAACGCGUCGGCCCCCGCCGCGAGACGCUCGAGCUGUUCCCGCUCCAGCCCACCUUCGUGCUGCGGCGCGACAAGGGGCGCGCUGCAGCCGCUGGGGGCAGCGCCUCCGCCCUGACGUCGGCGUCGACGGCGACGGCGUCCGCUUCCGUCUCCGAGGAGUCGGAGGGCCUGGAGAGCGCCAACUGCAACGGCGAGGAGGAGCCCGCGCUGCCGUUCUAUGACUUCUUCGGUCUCCAGUCCGGAGGCCGCUGA